CAAAGACUUGACAGUGAUAAUUCAUUUGAUAAAUAUGUUAUUGAAGCUUCAAAACUGGCAUCAGAAAUUGAUGUGGUGUCUGUAUUUGAGCAAUCGGCUGGAAGAAUCAAAGCACGUCGUGUUAAAAGACAAUUUGAUUACGAAAACAUGGAUGAACCUAUUAUUGAUCCAAAAAUUAAUUUCAAAGUUAACUUCUUUAAUAAUAUAUUUGAUAUURCCAUUAAUAGUUUAAACGAUAGAUUUGAACAGAUUAAGGAACACAGCUAUUAUUUUUSUUUUCUUUAUGACAUAAAUAAAUUAAAAGAUAUGCCAUACGAUAACCUAUUAAACCACUGCAAAGAUUUGCAACUAUUUUUAACGGAUGGAGAUUUAGCYGAUAUCAACGGACUUGAAAUGGCAGAUGAACUCAGAGUUAUAAUACCAAUGGUUGAAUCUAACUUGUCUCCGAUUGAACUUUUAAAGUUUGUAAUUAAUAUUGGAUCAUUUGCACCAAAUUUAUCAAUUGCACUACGUAUACUUUUAGCUUUACCCGAGGCUUUACCCGUAACUGUUGCAAGUGGUGAAAGGAGCUUUUCUAAGUUCAAGCUAAUAAAAACAUACCUCCGAUCAACAAUGACAAAUGAUCGUCUUAGUGGACUGGCUAUGAUAGCUAUAGAGCACCAAUUAUGUCAAGAGUUAGACAUUGAAUAA